CAUGAUCAGGUCCUUCGUCCAUUUCUUCUUCGGAGACUAAAGUCUGAUGUUGAGAAAGGUUUGCCUCCAAAGAAGGAAACAAUUCUUAAGGUUGGUAUGUCCCAGAUGCAGAAACACUACUAUAGGGCUCUGUUGCAGAAAGAUCUUGAGGUUGUUAAUUCUGGAGGAGAGCGCAAGCGUCUUCUUAAUAUAGCAAUGCAGCUCCGAAAAUGUUGUAAUCAUCCAUAUCUUUUCCAAGGAGCUGAGCCAGGACCUCCAUAUACAACAGGAGAGCAUCUCAUAGAAAAUGCUGGCAAAAUGGUUCUUCUAGAUAAGUUACUUCCUAAGCUGAAGGAACGUGGCUCUAGGGUUUUAAUAUUUUCACAGAUGACACGGCUAUUGGAUAUCCUCGAAGACUACCUGAUGUACCGUGGUCACCAAUAUUGUCGGAUUGAUGGAAACACUGGUGGAGAAGAUCGUGAUGCUUCUAUUGAGGCAUUUAACAGUCCAGGGAGUGAAAUUUUUUGCUUCUUAUUGUCAACCAGAGCUGGCGGUCUUGGUAUCAAUCUUGCUACAGCAGAUAUUGUAAUUCUUUAUGACAGUGACUGGAAUCCACAGGUUGACUUGCAGGCGCAGGACCGUGCCCAUAGGAUUGGACAGAAGAAGGAGGUCCAAGUAUUCCGUUUCUGCACUGAGUACACAAUUGAGGAAAAGGUGAUUGAAAGGGCUUAUAAAAAGCUGGCACUUGAUGCAUUGGUUAUCCAGCAGGGACGGCUGGCUGAACAAAAGACUGUUAAUAAGGAUGAGCUGCUGCAGAUGGUGCGGUUUGGUGCUGAAAUGGUAUUCAGUUCCAAAGAUAGUACUAUUACAGAUGAGGAUAUCGAUAGAAUCAUUGCCAAAGGAGAAGAGGCAACAGCAGAACUUGAUGCCAAGAUGAAGAAGUUUACAGAAGAUGCCAUCAAGUUUAAGAUGGAUGACACUGCUGACUUGUAUGACUUUGAUGACGAAAAGGAUGAAAACAAGGUGGAUUUCAAGAAAAUUGCCAGUGAAAAUUGGAUAGAACCUCCAAAAAGAGAGAGAAAACGCAAUUACUCAGAGUCCGAAUACUUCAAGCAGACCAUGCGACAAAGUGGUCCUGCAAGACCUAAAGAGCCCAGGAUUCCUAGGAUGCCUCAGUUGCACGACUUUCAGUUCUUUAAUACCCAGAGACUAAGUGAGCUGUACGAGAAGGAAGUGCGUUGUCUCAUGCAAGCGCACCAGAAGAAUCAAUUAAAAGACACAAUAGAAGUGGAAGAGCAUGAAGAUGUUGGAGAGCCUUUAACUGCUGAGGAACAGGAAGAAAAGGAGAAACUGUUGGAGGAGGGAUUUUCAACAUGGAGUAGGAGAGACUUCAAUGCUUUUAUCAGGGCAUGUGAGAAGUAUGGUCGGAAUGACAUAAAAAGUAUUGCUGCUGAAAUGGAAGGAAAGACAGAGGAGGAGGUUGAAAGAUAUGCAAAAGUUUUCAAAGAAAGAUACAAAGAGUUAAAUGAUUAUGAUAGGAUUAUAAAGAAUAUCGAAAGAGGAGAGGCUAGAAUUUCGCGGAAGGAUGAGAUCAUGAAAACAAUUGGGAAGAAGUUGGACCGCUACAAGAAUCCAUGGUUGGAGUUGAAGAUCCAGUAUGGUCAGAACAAAGGGAAAUUGUAUAAUGAGGAGUGUGAUCGCUUCAUGUUAUGUAUGGUUCACAAGCUC